UGCACCUUUUUUAUUCCCAUAAUGGCACCUAAUCAAUCGCACCUGUCGGAUGUUAUCUAUCAAUACAAUGCGUGUCUGAAACGUUCUGUCACAAGUGUCUCAAUUAUCACAAAAUUAAAUGAAUUCAGGGUAAAGAGCCAUUUGUGUGUCCAUGGACUUCAAAUGGAGCGGUCAGUGCAGGAAAAUACCCUGCACUAUGCCAUCGGAAAUGGUGAGUGUGGUUCUUGGUUGCUCCCAUCUUUCAGUUUGGUUCUUUCAGUUCUUUUCGUAGCUCGGAUUUUUGGUGUACUUCCUCUUUCCGGAAUAGGACCUACUAACAAGCCGGAAAAUGUUCGCUUUCGCUGGUUUUCGCCUAUUAUUUUGUUUUUCGUGGUGGUAUUGAUGUUUGUAAUCGGUGAUUUUGUUCUCUCAGCAAAGUUGGUGCUUCUUAAUGGUCUUAAAAUCUACACUAUAGGUUCUUUGAGUUUUAGUGUGAUAUGUAUGUUUUGUUUUUGUGCCUUUAUAAAUAUUGCUCGCCGAUGGCCCUAUAUCAUCCGAAAGACAGCGCUUUGUGAGCAGAUCUUCCUGAAACCCUGCUAUGGCAGCUAUCAAGGACUUAACUUCAGUCGAAUUCUUAGACGUUGGGCAUUAACCAUGCUGGUAACCGCCCUAUGUGAACACCUCACCUAUGUGGGCAGUGCCGUCUGGAGCAACUACGAGCAGAUUCGGGACUGCAAUCUGAAAGAGGGCUUCUUAGAGAACUAUUUCCUCAGGGAGCGCCAGGAGGUAUUCUCAGUGUUUGAUUACCAACUUUGGAUGGUGUUCUUCAUUGAGUGGAGCACCCUUUCCAUGACAUUCAUCUGGAACUUUGGAGAUAUCUUCCUGUUUCUUAUUUGUCGUGGAUUGAAUAUUCGGUUCCAGCAAAUUCAUUGGCGCAUUCGUCAGAAUCUGCGGAAGACCGUAACUAAAGAGUUUUGGCAAGAAAUACGUUCGGACUUGUUGGAUCUGGAUGAUCUACUGAAGCUCUAUGAAAACGAGUUGUCAGGUUUGAUUUUGGUCUGCUGCGCUCAUAAUAUGUACUUUAUUUGCGUCCAAGUCUACCAUAGUUUUCAAGUUAAAGGCGCUUUUAUGGACGAGCUUUACUUCUGGUUCUGUUUGCUUUAUGUGAUCGCUCGCUUGAUGAACAUGAUGUUUGCGGCUGCUUCGAUUCCCCAGGAAGUCAAGGAUAUAUCGAGUACACUUUAUGAAGUACCAUCUAGUUCUUGGUGUGAUGAUCUGGAGCGCUUAAGUGAGAUGCUCCGCAAUGAAAGAUUUGCCCUAAGCGGAAAGGGGUAUUUUUUUGUGACCCGAAGGCUCAUCUUUGCAAUGGCUGCUGCUUUAAUGGGAUACGAACUAGUCCUCUUCCGGCAACUGGAAGGUACCGUAAUGCAGAAAAGUAUUUGCAGCCGUGGACCUGGCUCCUCCAUGAGCAUUUUCUUCUCUUAGUUCUGUUUACCAUUUUCAU